UCUGGUUUAUAUAUCGUAUAACACAGGGUCUGGUUUAUAUAUCGUAUAACACAGGGUCCGGUUUAUAUAUUUACAUAUUGAUUAUUUAUUAAUUACCUAUGAUUUAGUGGAAAUCUUGUGUCUUGAAAAAGAAUAGAUUAGAUGAAAUAGUUUAGAUGAAAUGUCAUAAAGCAAUAACAAUAAAUUAUAAAUUGAUCUUUAAGCAAAAACUGUCUGGACUAACAAGAACCAGGUGUGCCUGUUAAGUUAUCUUCACCAUUUUGGUUUAGUUGCUUGAUCUUUUACCCUUGCUUGCUUUUGCUUGGCUUACUUCAUCUCCCUUUUCAUGAUCUUGUUUUUACAGGAACUAUUUUUUCACUAACAGGUAUGGGAGCGAACGCCCCACUGAGGCACGUCCCCACGGAUUACGACCUGCCUCCAUUACCUGCACCAAGGAAGCCCCCAGAAAAUAACCGGAAGUUAGAGAGUGGUGCUAGUACCCGCAGUGAUAUACCACUUCCUGUACGUAAUCGUGAUAAGGCCAACGAAAUCUCGGACAAUGUAAAUGAGAACAGUGUUGACGAGGUGCGUGUGGAUGUUCUCAUAGCUAAAGGUUACGACAGACUACAAGUAGUGGACGCUCUACGUGUGGCCAGAAAUAACAUUCAGAUGGCCGAGGAAAUUCUCAAAACAUUUGUGAGAAACGUCAGCACGGAGAUGUAGGCUCAUGAAUAGUGAUCACCUACACAGAGGAUACUUCUCUUCAAUUGAUUUUGGGGAAGUUGAAUAUUAAUUUAAUUCCUCAUUUUAGUUUUUGAAUUUUUAUGUUAACCUAUGCUCUUCCACUUUUUCAUAAUGGACUUUUCCAGGUACUUAGAUGGUUGUUUCAAUACGUUAGGGUGAGGUUAACGCUGAAAUUUUAAUGGACAAUAUUGUCUGACAUCUUAGUUUAGGUCUUCAAUCAUUUGACUAAUAGUGACAUCAUAGUAAUACUUUGUACUUAGAUAAUUAACACCUCACGAAGUCACUCUAGUGGUAGUCAUCAGUACUUGGUCAACUAGAACGGAGUCGUAUGACCAGCUUCACCAGGUCACCAGGUCACCAGGUCACUGAAAUGUACCAAAAGUUUGAGAAAAGAGUUUUCAAUAUUGUCCAUCAUAGUGAGAAACAUUGUGUGACAGUGAUGUUUAUGUCAUCGUCAGGACUUGGUAGAUUGUCGUCCUACAGUGUAUUGAACCAGGAUUUGGUAGAUUGUCCUACAGUGUAUUGAACCAGGACUUGGUAGAUUGUCCUACAAUGUAUUACCACAUUUGAUCAAUUGUUCACAAUAUAUUGAACCAGGAUUUGGUAGAUUGUCCUACAAUGUAUUGAACCAGGAUUUGGUAGAUUGUCCUUCAAUGUAUUGAACCAGGAUUUGAUCAAUUGUUCACAAUAUAUUGAACCAGGAUUUGGUAGAUUGUCAUCCUACAAUGUAUUGAACCAGGAUUUGGUAGAUUGUCCUACAAUGUAUUGAACCAGGAUUUGGUAGAUUGUCGUCCUACAAUGUAUUGAACCAGGAUUUGGUAGAUUGUCCUACAAUGUAUUAAACCAGGAUUUGGUAGAUUGUCCUACAAUGUAUUGAACCAGGAUUUGGUAGAUUGUCGUCCUACAAUGUAUUGAACCAGGAUUUGGUAGAUUGUCAUCCUACAAUUUAUUGAACCAGGACUUGGUAGAUUGUCCUACAGUGUAUUGAACCAGGAUUUGGUAGAUUGUCAUCCUACAAUAUAUUGAACCAGGAUUUGGUAGAUUGUCAUCGUACAAUGUAAAGAACCAGGAUUUAAUAGAUUGUCCUACAAUAUAUUGACCCAGGAUUUGGUAGAUUGUCAUCGUACAAUGUAUUGAACCAGGAUUUGUUAGAUUGUCCUACAAUGUAUAGAACCAGGAUUUGGUAGAUUGUCCUACAAUGUAUAGAACCAGGAUUUGGUAGAUUGUCCUACA